UUAAGGCAAAAUUCCAUAACAGUAGUUUACCAGCUUUGUCAACUUUAGAUCAGUCGGUUUCAACAUUUUCUUCAAUUGUUAAAAAAUAACCAAUAAUUUUCAACGGCGUUUUUAUUGCAAAUAUAAACUUUUUAUUACGCCAUCGCAAAGUUGGUCGAUAUAUUUGUGCAGCAGCAAAAGCCGCCAUUUUUCACACACACCAAGAAACUUUACCGUUUUAUUGCUGACCACGCAAAAUAUUAAGUUAGAAAACAUUUUUGGUCAGUAUUCGUUUUUUUGUUCUGUUUUGUUUAUAUUCAAAACAAAUCAAAAUGUCUUCGCUGGACUGGGAUGAAUCCAGCUAUAUGGACCACCAAAUGCCACCAAUGCGCAUCGAUAAGUCGCAUCCUUUUUACACUCCAAACGAUUCCUCACGUGGCCAUCGCAACAAUAACUAUAGUUCACCCUAUGAACGUCGCUCCAAUGGGCAAUACGAUGAUCAAUCUCGUGGUCAUCGUGGCCACAAAGAUGAUUAUUCGCGCAGAAGCAGUGAUGCAAGCAAGUAUUCGGAAUCCUUGGAUAUCAGCGAAGAUAUGGUGGGUCGCGUCAUUGGACGCAGUGGCUCCAAUAUCACACGCAUUCAGAACGAGUUCGAGGUGCGUAUUCAAGUCUUCAAGACUGAGCUGAAGGUUGAGAUCAGCGGGAAUUCUAAGAACAAUGUGGCGGAUGCAAUGCAUCAUUUGCGUAAGCAACUCCAUGAUAAUGGCAACCGUGGGCGCUCCGACCGUGACUAUAACAGAUCUGGAGGUGGACAACGCAACAACAAUUACGAGUUUCGAGCUCCCGAACCGCCAGCUGAAAUACCGCUAAGCGGCGACUUGACGGGCACCAUUGAUUGGGCUGCGCUAAACAAGGCUUCGGAAGCGGCUCAGGCAGCUCGCUGGGCCAAAUGUCCACCGCUUACCAAAGACUUUUACAAGGAGUCCGCUGAGGUUGCCAAUUUGCCGGCAGAGCAAGUGCAGCGCAUGCGCCAAGAGAGCAACAACAUUACGGUUUCGCAUGUGUUUGAGGCUAAAGAGGGCGACACUUUGCCCCCCAUUCCAAAUCCGGUUUGGCGUUUCGAACAGUGCUUUGAACAGUAUCCCGAUUUGUUAGACGAAAUCAAGAAGCAGGGCUUCGAGAAGCCAUCGCCCAUUCAGUCGCAGGCUUGGCCCAUUCUUCUGAAGGGUCACGACAUGAUUGGCAUUGCCCAGACGGGCACGGGCAAGACGUUGGCGUUUCUGUUGCCCGGCAUGAUUCACACCGAGUACCAGAGCACACCGCGUGGCACUCGAGGAGGUGCCAAUGUCCUCGUGCUGGCUCCCACUCGUGAACUGGCGCUCCAGAUCGAAAUGGAAGUGAAGAAGUACUCUUUUCGCGACAUGAGAGCAGUUUGUGUUUAUGGCGGCGGCAGUCGUCAGAUGCAGAUAUCGGAUGUGGAACGCGGCGCUGAGAUUAUUAUUUGUACGCCAGGUCGUCUCAACGAUCUGGUGCAAGCUGGUGUUAUCAAGGUGUCGACCAUAACGUAUCUGGUGCUCGACGAAGCCGAUCGUAUGUUGGAUAUGGGCUUUGAACCGCAGAUACGUAAAGUGCUGCUCGACAUACGUCCCGAUCGUCAGACCAUUAUGACAUCUGCCACCUGGCCGCCAGGAGUGCGCCGUCUUGCCCAGAGUUAUAUGCGUAAUCCGAUUCAAGUGUGCGUCGGUUCCUUGGACUUAGCUGCCACACACUCGGUGCAGCAGGUAAUUGAAUUGCUGGAGGACGAUCAAGACAAAUUCCAGACGCUCAAAGCAUUUGUGAAGAACAUGAAGAAUGACGACAAGAUCAUAGUGUUUUGUGGCCGCAAAGCCCGUGCCGAUGAUCUGUCCAGUGAUCUGUCAUUGGGUGGCUUCAACACUCAGUGCAUUCACGGCAAUCGCGAGCAAAGCGAUCGCGAACAGGCUAUAGCUGACAUUAAGUCGGGAAUGGUGCGCAUUCUAGUGGCCACCGAUGUGGCAUCCCGUGGCCUAGACAUAGAGGACAUCACACACGUUAUUAAUUAUGAUUUUCCGCGCAACAUUGAAGAGUAUGUGCAUCGCGUAGGACGCACUGGAAGAGCAGGGCGCAAAGGCACCUCGAUAAGUUUUAUUACACGCGAGGAUUGGGGAAUGACAAAGGAGUUGAUUGCCAUUCUGGAGGAAGCCAAUCAAGAGGUGCCUGAAAAACUGCGCGACAUGGCGCAGCGUUUUUCUGCAAUGAAGGAGCGUCGCGCUGCCGAAGGAGGCGGCGGAGGUCGUGGUUUUCGUGAUGGAGGACGUGGUAGUGGAGGAGGCGGUCGUCGUGAUCGCUAUUAAACAACUAUUCUAUUGUGCAAUGGAAAGCAAACGGACACAAUUUAGUUUUUAGAAGAAAUAAGACAACGCAUUGAAGCGUUGGAAUUUAUGCUAACCAUGCUGGCAUAACUAUAUUUUAAUUUGGGGGUAGUUAAGUACCCUAUUCCUAAUAUUAGUAAGCAAUGUUGAUUACAAUGUUGUAUAGUUCUGUAGUUACUUCAGAUAUUACUGGACAUUCUGAUUUUGAAUGCUACUUAGAAGCGUCCUUCAAAUUUCUUUGAAUAAUUCAAGUUCCAA